AUGGCGGCGGCGGCGGCGGCGGCGGCGGCGGCGACGCUAAGUAUGCCUACUCUCUUCCCCGGGGGCGCGGCCGUGGACGGUCCCGCCGCUUCGUCGUCGUCUUGCUCCUGCCAGAUUAGAUGCGGCCCCCAGAGGAGGAAGAGCCCAGUCGGAGCCACAGCGAGCCCGAAGACGCCUGAGAAGACGAAGACCACCACCACCAAGCCUGCCACCGCCUCCCCACUCAGGAGCGCCGAGGAGCUUGCCUUCCGCCUGGGCCUCGACCUGGCCGUCGCCGGCCUCGAGCGUCUCUUCUCCGCCACCACCGCCGGCGGCGACGGCGGCGCCGCUGCGCUGCUCGACCCCUCUUCUGGGCGGCCGCUGCGGGUGGCGUACCAGGGCGACCGCGGGUCCUACUGCCAGGAGGCGGCGAUGGCGACCUUCUCCGGCUUCCCGGGGGCCUUCUCCGCCUUCCCGUGCGGCGCCCAGAUGGAGGACACCUUCGCAGCUCUGGAGAGCGGCGCCGCCGACCGCGCCGUAGUCCCCGCCGAGAACUCCCUCGACGGACCCGUCCACCGCAACUUCGACCUCCUCCUCCGCCACCCGCUCGUCGAGAUCGCCGGCGAGCUCGUCCUGCCAGUGAACCACUGCCUCCUCGUGCUCCCCUCCGCCGCCGGCGCCGCCGCCGCCGUGCGCCGCGUGGCCAGCCACCCGCAGGCGCUCGCCCACUGCGCCGCCCGCCUCGCCGCCCUCGGCGUGGAGACGGAGGAGGUGCCCAGCGCCGCCGCCGCCGCCCGCGCCCUCGCUGACGGCCGGCUGCCCGCUGGAACGGCGGUGAUAGGGAGCCGCGCGGCGGCGGAGGAGUUUGGGUUGGCGAUGGUGGAGGAGAACCUCCAGGAGGGCUCCCCCGGCUCCGCGGCCGGAGGUAACUUCACCCGCUUCCUCCAGCUCAAGCUCCGGCCGCUGGCGUCGUCUCGGCAGCACGGCCACCUCGCCGCCGGCGGAGGGAGGAAGAAGGCGACUGUGGCGUUCGCGCUGGAGAGGGGUCCGUCGGAGCUGUACAGGGCGAUCUGGGCCUUCGAGAGCCGGGGGCUGUCGGUGACCCGGGUUGACCACCGACCCAACCGGUCGAACCCGGUCCGAGUCGUGGACCGGCCCGGUGGCCCUGUCGGGAGCUACGACUACGUCUUCAUUCUGGACGUCGAGUCCGCCGCCGCCGCCGCCGCCGGUUCGACCCGGCUCGACUCGGCCCUAGACGCCAUCGUGAACCAGUUGACUGAGAUCUGCUGCUUCGUGCGCGUCGUCGGCGCCUACGCCAUCUAA